AUGCUCAGAAACUUAAUUUUAUCCAUCCUCCUUACACAAAUCCAGCCGACAACCGAAAGUCCGCCAUUUUUGUCUGUUUACAUAUACAGUAUAUUCUGUAAAUUUCAGCUUCAGUUCAAUUUUUCAAUCCGUUCUUUUUCAUUUUCUCUCUCUCUCUCCCUCUCUCCCCUCCCCUCCCUCUCUUCUUCAUUCUCUCCCCCCCUCUCCCUUUCUCUCUCUCUCUCCCUGUCUCUCUCCCCUCUUCCCCUCUCUCACUUUCUCCCCCUCUCUUUUGGUUUUCUCUCCCCCCUUUUCUCCCCUCUUUCUCCCCUUUCUCUCUUCCCCUCUCUAUCUCACUCUCUCCCCUAUCUCCAAUUUAUUAAAUCUCUCUCCCUCUCUCUCCCCCUCUCUCUCCUCUCUCCCUCUCUCUCUCAGGUUACCCUCUCUCUCUCUCCUCCCCUCUCUCUCUCUCCUCUCUCCCCAUCUCCCUCUCUCUCACGCUCCUCUCCCCUUCUCUCUCACCUCUCUCCCCUCUCUCUCUCUCCCUCUCUCUCCAUUCUCUCCCUCUCCCCCUCUCUCUCUCCCCCUCUCUCCCCUUCUCUCCUCCCCUCUCUAUCUCGCUCUCUCCCCCAUCUUCAUCUCUCUCUUUCAAUCUCUCCCCACCUCUCUCACCCCCCUCUUUCCCUCUUUGGCACGUGUUCCUCUAAUUUUUUGCACCGACGUUUCAAUUAA